AAAAUAUGUGAGAGACUACAUUGUACAGCCUGGCCAUUAAAUCACUCUUCACGUGUCCAGCAAAGCGCAGGAUGGAUUUAUUGCAGCAUUACUAGACAACAUAUAUCCGCCUGAGGAGGAUCUGCUGGGCUGAUUGAGCUACUGAGAUACCAUAUCACAAUGGCAAACAGCAGCAAGGAACGCCUGUGUGGAUCUGGUGCACCAAUCGGUCAUGUCAAUGGAUUUCCCCAGUCUGUCUAUCCGUUUGCUUUCAGUGGAGGUAUCAGAAGUUCCCCGCCGUUUGAAAUGCUCGCCAAUGGAAGCUUCUUCCGAAAUUUUCCUACCGAUUUGCCUAAAGAAAUGGCCUCUCUGUCAUUGACAAUGGGAGGGGGGGAAAGAAGAGCAGGAAGUGAAUGCUCUGCAACCGUUGAAACACAAAGCACCAGCUCAGAGGAGAUGGUCCCUAGCUCUCCCUCACCUCCUCCACCUCCACGUGUUUACAAGCCUUGCUUUGUGUGCAAUGACAAGUCCUCUGGCUAUCACUAUGGAGUCAGCUCCUGCGAGGGUUGCAAGGGUUUCUUCCGUCGCAGCAUACAGAAGAACAUGGUCUACACUUGUCACCGUGAUAAGAACUGCCAGAUCAACAAGGUGACACGGAAUCGCUGCCAGUUUUGCCGUCUACAAAAAUGUUUCCAGGUCGGCAUGUCAAAAGAAGCGGUGCGAAAUGACAGGAACAAGAAGAAGAAGGAGGUGAAAGAAGAGGUGGUGGUACCAGACAGCUAUGAAAUGCCUGCUGAGAUGGAAGAGCUUAUUCAGAAAGUCAGCAAAGCUCAUCAGGAAACCUUCCCUUCUCUCUGCCAGCUUGGCAAAUACACUACGAAUUCCAGUGCUGAUCACCGGGUACAACUGGAUCUCGGUCUGUGGGAUAAGUUCAGUGAACUCGCUACUAAAUGCAUCAUCAAGAUAGUGGAAUUUGCCAAACGCUUGCCAGGCUUUACUACACUGACCAUUGCUGACCAAAUUACCUUGUUGAAAGCAGCUUGCCUUGACAUCCUGAUGCUGCGAAUUUGCACACGUUACACCCCAGAACAGGACACCAUGACCUUUUCAGAUGGACUGACCUUGAACCGGACUCAGAUGCACAAUGCUGGUUUUGGUCCCCUUACAGACUUGGUGUUUGCCUUUGCCGGUCAGCUGCUCCCAUUGGAAAUGGAUGACACAGAGACAGGACUCUUGAGCGCCAUCUGCCUAAUCUGUGGAGAUCGGAUGGACUUGGAAGAGCCAGAAAAGGUAGAAAAGCUUCAGGAGCCAUUACUGGAGGCGCUUAAAUUUUAUGCUCGAAGACGACGACCUAACAAACCCUACAUGUUCCCACGCAUGCUUAUGAAGAUCACCGACCUGCGUGGCAUCAGUACCAAAGGUGCAGAGCGAGCAAUCACAUUAAAGAUGGAGAUCCCAGGACCAAUGCCUCCUCUGAUCCGUGAGAUGCUGGAGAACCCUGAAGCUUUUGAAGAUGGUGCUGAGACCCCUAAACCUAUUGAACCUCCGUCCAGCAAUAGCAGCGAGGGCAGUCCUACAGAGGAAGACAGCAGUGGUUCCAAGACUCCUUAACCGUCCAACACAAGCAGGGGGGACACCCUGCACCUCAAACUUUCUCCAAGAGCCAUGUUGGCUUCACCCUCUGUUAUAUGAGGCAUUCCAGGGUGAGCCAGUCAAGCAGGGUUACCUGCCUUGCUUGAUGCUCAAUACUGCUCUUAUUUACUGAUGCAAAAA